AUGGCGGCAUCCUCGUCCGCCGCAUCCGCCGCAUAUCUGGCCGGGCCAUUUCCCUCGGGGAGAGCCCUGACCGAGCACGACGUGACGCCCACAGUGCCGCCCACGCCGUCCGAGGAGCAUGCGCCGCCCACGCAUCUGUACGCCGAUCUGCCGCCGCACCUCAUGCAGCCGGACAACACGCCCGACUAUCUGCGCCUCAUCCUCAACGCCGACAUCUACGACCUGGUCAAGCAGACGCCGCUCCAGCCGGGCGUCAACCUCUCCUCCAAAACAGGAUGCAACGUGCUGCUCAAGCGCGAAGAUCUGCAGCCCGUGUUCAGCUUCAAGCUGCGUGGCGCGUUCAACAUGAUGCAGCAGCUCGACCCGGAGCAAAAGUGGAAGGGCGUCAUCGCGUGUUCGGCCGGCAACCAUGCGCAGGGUGUGGCGAUGGCCGGUGCGCAUCUCUCCAUCCCGUGCACCAUCGUCAUGCCCAAGGGCACGCCCGAGAUCAAGACGGCCAACGUAAAACGGCUCGGUGCCAAGGUGGUGCUGUUUGGGCAGGAUUUCGACGAGGCCAAGGCAGAGUGCACGCGCCUCUCCAAGGCGUACGGUCUGACCAUCAUCCCGCCCUUCGACCAUCCGCGCGUCAUCGCAGGACAGGGUACGAUCGGCGUCGAGAUCUGCCGCCAGACGGACAUGUCGAAUCUCGAUGCCAUCUUUUGCUGCGUCGGCGGCGGCGGUCUGCUCGCCGGCGUCGCCGCGUACAUCAAGCGCAUCGCACCGCCCCACGUCAAAGUCAUCGGCGUCGAGACGUUUGACGCCGACGCGCUCGCGCAGUCGCUCGAAAAGGGCCAGCGCGUGCUGCUCAAGGAGGUGGGGUUGUUCGCCGACGGCACGGCCGUGCGCAUCGUGGGCGAAGAGUGCUUCCGCGUUUGCCGCGAUACUGUCGACGGCGUCGUGCGCGUCACCAACGACGAGAUCUGCGCUGCCAUCAAGGACGUCUUUGAAGACACGCGCUCCAUCCCCGAGCCCUCGGGUGCACUCGCCGUCGCAGGCAUGAAGCGCUACAUUGCCACGCACGGUCUCGCCGGCUCGGGCAAAAAGUUUGUCGCGCUCGUGUCGGGUGCCAACAUGAACUUUGGGCGGCUGCGCUUUGUGGCUGAACGCGCCGAGUUGGGCGAGAACAAGGAGGCGCUGCUCACGGUCGAGAUCCCCGAGGAACCGGGUGCGUUCCUCAAGCUGCACAACCACAUCCAUCCGCGCGCCGUCACCGAGUUCAGCUACCGCUACGCCGACAGCCAGCGCGCACAGAUCCUGCUCUCCUUUAUGCUCAACGGCACCAAAGCACCCCUUCCGGAACCACAAGCACCUGGUGCACUCCCCGUCCCCGAGCUCGGCGAUGCUUCGGCAUCCAUGGCGUCAAGCACUGCAUCUCUCGAUCCCUCGCGUCUCGCCGACUCUCUCGCUGCAUCCACGCUUUCGGGAGGUUCGGAAUUGGACAGCAUCCUUGCCGCACUCACCGCCGAUGGUAUGACGCCCCUCGAUGUUUCCGGGGAUGAGGUGGCUAAGUCGCAUCUGCGCUACCUCGUGGGCGGUAGAACCGCCGUGCCCAACGAACGCAUCUUCCGCUUCGAAUUCCCCGAACGCCCCGGCGCGCUGCGCAAGUUCCUCGUGGGCAUGCAGUCCGGCUGGAACGUCUCGCUCUUCCACUACCGCAACCACGGCGCCGACGUCGGCAAGAUCCUACUUGGAAUCCAGGCUCCCCAAGCAGACCACGCAAGCCUAGACGCCUUUUUGAAUGGUCUUGGAUAUCUCUACCACGAGGAGACCAACAAUCCCGUCCUCCAACGCUACCUCGGCAUGCACUAG